UUGCGCGAGAAACAGUGGGGCGUUGGGUGACACGCACUUUACUUACCCGCUCUGCGCGCCUCCUCCCACCCCAUUCAAUGUUUCUUGCGCUUGUUAGUGGAUUUAGCUAUUUGUGCCACAGCGCGUGGAGCAACAGCACUCUGUCCGUGUCUGUCCUCUCGGUCGUCGGGAUGUAGGCUACGGAGCAUCUUCACAGCAACGCUUUCUCAUUAACAAGUGGCGCACAUACAUCUCUUUGGACUUUUGAGUCUUCCAUAUUCACAUUUUGGAAGGAAAUAUACAUUGGACAUCUUUUUCAUGUUACCCAAGAUUCCACCAUGACGCACACUCUGGAUCCCAUCAGCUCUAACAGAACAGAAGACUGGAACACCACUUUCUUCAACUCAUCCAGGGACCUCCAGCAACCCCCAUACCCAUUCUACCAACAGAACAUCACAUACGUGGACCUCUACCUCCACAAGCCCUCGGUGGUGGUAGUCUUCAUUGUGUCUUACCUGCUCAUUUUCCUGGUGUGCAUGGUGGGGAAUGGUGUUGUGUGUUUCAUUGUGUUGCGGAGCAAGAACAUGAGGACGGUCACCAACCUCUUUAUACUCAACCUGGCCAUCAGUGACCUACUGGUGGGCAUCUUCUGCAUGCCAACUACCCUGGUGGACAACAUCAUAACAGGCUGGCCUUUUGGGAGGUUAGUGUGUAAGCUGAGUGGGAUGGUUCAAGGCAUAUCAGUGUCAGCUUCAGUCUUUACUCUGGUGGCAAUAGCUGUGGAUAGGUUCCGCUGCAUCGUGUACCCCUUCAAGCAGAAGCUGACAAUCUCCACCUCCACACUGAUCAUCAUCAUCAUCUGGGUGCUGGCUAUCUCCAUAAUGUGUCCCUCAGGGGUCAUGCUCCAGGUGACCAAGGAGCAGCGUGUCCUUAUCCUACUGGGGGACGGCUACAACAACACCCGCCCCUUCUACUGGUGCCGUGAGAACUGGCCCAAUCAAGAGAUGAGGAAGAUCUACACCACCGUCCUAUUCGCUAACAUCUAUCUAGCCCCAUUAUCACUCAUUGUCAUCAUGUACGCCCGCAUCGGAUUCACCCUCUUUAAGACGGCUGUACCCUCCUCUGGCGGGUGCAGUGGUAGUGGCAGCAGCGGUGGGACAAAACCCAGCCUGGACAACCACCGUCAGUCAAAGAAGAAGAAGAGGGUGAUCAAGAUGCUGUUGGUAGUGGCGCUUCUCUUCAUCCUGUCAUGGCUCCCGCUGUGGACGCUGAUGAUGCUGAGCGACUACGCCAGCCUGACGGCAAGCCAGCACCGCAUCAUCAACAUCUACGUGUACCCGCUGGCCCACUGGCUGGCCUUCUUCAACUCCUCCGUCAACCCCAUCAUCUACGGCUUCUUCAAUGAGAACUUCCGACGGGGGUUCCAGGCCGCAUUUAAAUUCCAGCUGUGCUCCGCAGUCAUGGAGCGCCAGAAGACCUACUCGCAUCGUAUCCAAGGCAAUGCAGUGUUACCAGCGAAUCUGCACCUGCCGACCGGGCCCGGCUCAGGGGGGUCGGAAUUGGCUUUGGUGAACAGGAAGGGGCUGGGUCGGGAGGAAGUUGUCGGGCGGACAUCCGGCGGGCGAUCGUCAGAGAGCGACGUGAAGGAGCAGGAUCUGAUCAUGGAGGAUCUGGAGAAGGUUAUAUAUGACCUAUGAGACACACUUAAUGUCACAAAGAAAUGGUCCAGUCAACCUUCAUUCAGCCGUGCAGUAGCCAAUGGACAUCAAUUUCCUCAUGGCUCUUUAGGGUCAUGACUGACUGGUGACAUUUAAGAAUGACAUCUCACACUUAAGAGGGACAUCUUAUUGAAUGUCACAUGAUAUGCAUGGAUUCAUCCUUACCGGUGGACAAUAGAGUACCUGUGCCUCUUGCUGGGCUAUGCUCAGUCAAAGAGGGGAGUGGGAGGGUGGAUGGAUGCAGGGGGACACUUGUUGUGCUCCACACCUCUCAGUCAAAGGGAGGGGCACUCAGAGCUGAGGAUAACGCAGUGACGUGCCUAUUCAGUUGCCUUGGGACUGAUUCAAACAUGACAAGAGACCAUGCAGGGAUGAGAGAUGCCUCCUGCUGCUGCACACUUAAACAGACAAGAGGACUGGGAAUGAAAGGGAAUAGAAACAACCAAACAACGACCAACAAUUAAGCAGUGUACUUAUGAGAUACAGUGAAGGAUAUUAUUUUAUGUUGUUUUGUUUGUAUUUUAAUAGUGAUUGUAUUAAUUUUUAACGAUGAGUGUCUUGCACCAGAAUUUUAUGCUACUUUUCUGUGUGCCAAAAUAUCGUAAACUUUCUGCAGAACAGGAAUAGUUGUUCUGGCUACUGAUCCUUGUUAACAAAGAAAAUAUUACUUUAUGACUACAGCCUACUUAAUUUGGAGGCUAAGGAAUCUAUAUGUCAUAUAAAUACAGUAGCUGUAUUCAUGCAUGUUUUACUCUUUUGGAAAACCUUUAUGAUGUUGGAAAACCUUUAUGAUGUUCUUUAUGAUGUUGGAAAACCUUUAUGAUGUUGGAAAACCUUUAUGAUGUUGGAAAACCUUUAUGAUGUUCUUUAUGAUGUUGGAAAACCUUUAUGAUGUUGGAAAACCUUUAUGAUGUUGGAAAACCUUUAUGAUGUGGAAAAUAACUGGUAGCCUAAUAUUUCACUUCCAUCAUGGUUUCUAGUUCCCACGCUACACUGUGUCUUAACAUAGUAACAUAACAUCACAGUUAUGUCAGUCGACACAACGACACUGUUAGGAAACAGGGAAUUAUGGAUCUAGACCAGGGCUCUUCAAACUUGUUCCUGGAGAGAUACCCUCCUGUAGGUUCUCGUUCCAACCGCAGAAGUAUAGCCUGAUUUGGCUUAUCAACCAGCUAAUUAUCAGAUUAAGGUGUGCUAAAUUAGGGUUGGAGCAAAAACCUACAGGAACAGGGUUUGUUGUAUUAAAGGGUUUGUUGUAUAAAUAUAUGAUGUACUGUAUCAUAUCUGUCAAAGUCAUCAAAUGUCAUCAAAUGUUAUGAUAGGUUGUCUGUCGUUGUCAUGAGACUGACAGGGCUGUGAUUUGUCAUGAAGUAUUGCCACAAUAGCGGUGUUGUGAUUGUCUGGUUCAAGAAAUGUGUAACAUAAAAAAUACAUACCUCAGCUUAUCGGUUGAAGAUGAGUCCACCCAGCCUCUGAGAUUGUACAAUCAUUUGAACUGUUUACAGCUGCUAAGUAAUCGUAAUAAACCAGUUAAAAAGUAUUUAAUUUUGAAGAUGUCAAAGGCUGUGCUAUGUUCUCACAUUUAAAAACAGUUUAGUAUUUACUGUAGUGUUUUUGCAGACUAAAGUACUGUAGUAUUUACUGUAGUGUUUUUGCAGACAUUACAGUAGUAUUUACAAUACUGCUUUUGUUAUAUCAUUGACAUGGCGUUGGGGGCUUUGUCUUUGAGGAAACCUACUGGACAAAAUACUCAAAGAGCAGAUUUUCCAUAACAUGUAGGUAGGAUUCAGAGCUUCUGCUCUUUUUUUUAUAAACUGUAGGGAACACAUUAUAUGGUCUAUACUUGGCAUGUAGGUUACGUAUGGGUGGCACACAUUGGGAUAUGGGUUAAUGGGCAGUGUAUAUGCAAAUCAAAUACUUGAAUGUAUACUAUAGUAAUUACUGUAGUGUUUUUGCAGAUAUUACUGUAGUACUAAAGUGUUUUGCAGACUAGUGUUUUUGUGAACAAUACUAUAGUAUUUGCUGUGAUGUUUUUGUAGUCUGUAGUAUACUGUAGUAUUUACUAUACAUUUACUCUACAGUAUACUACAACAUUCUAUAGUAAGUACUACACAUGCUCGAGGUAUACUACAGUGUGUAGUAUAGUAUUCUACAGUUUACCACAGAAUUCUAUAGUAAGUACUGUAGUAUUCUAUAGUAAACUGUACUAUUUUUUCAUGUGGGUUGUUAUGUUGUGUUACUGGGCUUCUGCGUAAAUGCUUUGUACUCUGUGUGAGAUUAUCAUUGCUGAUGGAGGAGAACAUUGUGGCUUCAAAAUAAACAUGUUAUAAAUCUACAUGGAAAAUA